AUUCUGAUAAUUCGGAUGAAAUAAAUCCUCCACCAUUGGAAAAAUUUACAAUUAAUCAUGGAAGAUUAUUCUUAAAUGAUCCUGAAGCAAAUUAUAUGUUACCAUCUGAUAAAGAAGCUUUAGAAGGUGAAGCUCUAGGACAUUUGACGAGAAGAUAUUUAUGGGGUGGAAAUUAUUCUUCUCCAAUCGAAGAUAAAUUACUGAAUGAUUAUCCUUCUUCAACGUUUGUGGGUGUUGAUAUCAAUCCAGAUGUACUUCCAUCUGAUAAUCAACGUCCUUCGAAUGUUGGAUUUAUUGAAUGUAAUGUAAUUCUCGGAAUACCAUUUCCUUCAAAUACAUUUGAUUUCGUUUUUAUGUGUGGUAUGUGGGGCGCAUUAACACUUUCUCAAUGGCCUCAGUUAAUUAAAGAAAUUGUUAGAGUUCUUAAAUAUGGUGGUUGGAUUGAAUUAUUAGAAG